CAUGUUUUUACUUUUACGGCCACCUGGUGGUUAUUUUAAAUCUUCAUGUUUGCCCCUAAGAAGAGCACUUUAUGGUAGAAACCAUAGACUGUAUAAAAAUAUAUACAGUCUAUGGAACAAACGCGUCCGCAUGUCCGCUUUGCUUCAAUAAGGACUUUUACUGUAAGUUUUUUCUAGUCUACUUACCUCCUGGAUCCUUGAAAAGUAUCUGCCAAACAUUGUUUUGAUCCAUCAUUUGACCCUUUGACCCACUCAUUCUUCAUGUUUUUUGUGCUCAAGCAAGGUUUACGUGUUCAUCAACAUUCCCUGCCGGUAUGAUCAGCUGAUACUUCUGCAUUCUGCAGGUGCUCUACAUGUAUCUCUGGUGCAAUCAAUAGACGAUCUACGAAGUAGGAAGUAGUCUAUGGCUGGAAAGGAAUACAUUGGGGGAACUCGUAACUUUUGUGAUAGUUAGCAACAUUUAAAGUUAGAGAUUAUAUUGUUUACCUACAUCGACAGAUUAAAUGGGUGAUGAUUGUAUUUUCUGCAUAAUAUCAAAAGGCGAAGACAAAGAAACAGAAAUCCUUAAACAGAAUGAAGAAUUGGUGUGUUUCCGAGACAUUUGUCCUGUUGCCCCCCAUCACUACCUUGUUAUACCCAAAGAACAUUUUGUCAGCUGUCAGUCUUUACAAUGGCAUCACUGCAGUCUUGUUGAGAGAAUGGCUGAAUUGGGCAAAGCUGUUUUACAAGAACAAGGGGUUAGUGACAUGACAGACAUUAGGUUGGGUUUUCAUAUACCUCCAUACACUUCAGUGGAUCACCUCCAUCUUCAUGUAGUUGCUCCCUUAAAUCAGAUUUCAAAGUAUAUGCUUUAUAAAUUCACCCCUGGUGAACGAUUUAUAGAGGCUGACCAUUUUCAGAAAAUUCUGUCCAAAGUUGAAACAUGCUGCUGCUGGCCUGGCUGAAGGACUACACGAUAUUGAUGAAGACAAAUGCUAGAAUCGUGCAAAUAUGAUUAUACUCCGAGCAAGGGCACCGACUGUAGUAAUGCAAUAUUUCCAUAUUUUGUGAGAUUUAAGCUUUUAUACCUAAUUUAUAAUGAAUUAAAGAAUAUUUCCCGUAAA